AUGGAGGAGCAGUUUUGUCCCAUUGUUGCAAAGAACAUCGUAUUACGUCAACUCUUUUUCUGCUGUCAACCAUAUAUUCCCCAGGGGAACCUCAUUAUCUCCUCCGUCAUGGACCCGAAUGGGUCAUGGUCCCCCGUUGAACCAAAUGAUACGUCAUGGCCAAGUACAACGCGACCACCAAUCAAACAAGCUGGUCUGCUGUUAAUCCUUAUCCCUAUGGUCACUAUUCUCGGCAAUCUACUUGUCAUCAUAUCAGUGUUACGAUAUCGUGCCCUACAGACUGCUAUCAAUUUCCUUAUUCUUGGCCUUGCUGUUGCUGAUCUACUAGUCGCGCUAUUUGUCAUGCCAUAUGCUGUUUAUGUUCAUGUAAGUCUUAUUUUUUUUCAAAGUGAAAAAAAAAUUUAGGA